CUUUGAAGCCGUUUGAUGAGCAAGGCCAUGGCACCGUUUUCCUCUCCCGUCCUCUUCUUGUCUCUCAUCCUCGUCCUUUCUCUGCCUCCAUCCUGUUCUCCUGAAUCCCAGCAGGAAGAACCUUCUCUCCAGCCCUCCGUCACUCCAGAAGCUCCAUCAGAGCUCUACAGUAACCUGACGGAUGACGGCGAUGGCGCCGCUCUGAAAAAACCAUGCUCUGAUAUGGUCAUAUGCAAACCUGGGAUCAUCCUGCCCAUAUGGAAGCCCAUCAAUCCCAGUCUGGGAGAGCAGGUCGCCCGGGCCAUCCUGUAUUUUGCCUGUCUCAUGUACAUGUUUCUGGGAGUGUCCAUCAUCGCUGAUCGAUUCAUGGCAUCUAUAGAGGUCAUCACGUCACAGGAGAAAGAGGUGACCAUCACAAUGCCAAACGGAGAAACAUCAGUGGCCACCGUGAGAAUCUGGAACGAAACCGUGUCCAAUCUGACCCUGAUGGCGCUGGGAUCAUCCGCCCCUGAAAUCCUCCUGUCGGUCAUUGAGGUGUGUGGACAUGGUUUUGUGUCCGGUGAGCUGGGUCCGAGCACCAUUGUGGGCAGCGCUGCCUUUAAUAUGUUUGUGAUCAUUGGAAUCUGUGUGUGGGUGAUUCCUAAUGGCGAGUCGAGGAAGAUCAAACAUCUGAGAGUCUUCUUCAUCACCGCCUUCUGGAGUAUCUUCGCUUACAUCUGGCUCUACCUGAUCCUGUCCGUCAUCUCACCUGGAGUCGUGGAGGUAUGGGAAGCUCUGGUCACUCUCUGCUAUUUCCCCGUUUGUGUGAUUCUUGCCUGGAUCGCUGACCGGCGCCUCCUUUUCUACAAGUACAUGUCCAAACGCUACCGUGCUGACAAAAGGACAGGGGUUGUUGUGGAGACAGAGGGGGACAUGACCCCCAAAGGUAUGGAUAUGAUGAUGGAUGGCAAGUUUCCAUUGAGGACUGGAGCUGUAGGGAUCGGCACACAAGAACAUUACCAAGAUGGAACCGGUAACACAACAGGCACCAUGGGGACUCUACCCAACUCCAACAGCACGACCGUUUACAUGGACAGUGCCAAGGACCUGGACGAGAGCCGUAAAGAAGUGAUCCGUAUCCUGAAGGAACUGAGGCAGAAGUAUCCAGAUAAGGAGUUUGAUCAGCUGGUGGAAUUGGCCAACUAUUACGCCCUCCUCCAUCAGCAGAAAAGUCGUGCCUUUUACCGCGUCCAGGCCACACGCAUGAUGAUCGGGGCCGGUAAUGUGCUGAAGAAACACGCAGCUGAUCACGCUCGCCGUGCUGUUGUGACAGGUGGAGAUGAGCCGUUGGAGGAGGACGACUUGGCCACCUUUAGCCGAAUCUCAUUCGAGAGUGCGCACAGCCAGUGCAUGGAGAACUGUGGCACCAUCGCGAUACCCGUGGUGUGUCGGGGAGGCCUGGGGGAGAGCACUUUCUAUGUCGACUACUGUACAGAAGAUGGCACAGCCAACGCCGGCUCAGAUUAUGAGUACUGCGAAGGGACGCUGGUGUUCAAACCGGGAGAAACCAGGAAAGAAAUUAAGGUGGGCAUCAUCGAUGAUGACAUCUUUGAGGAAGAUGAACAUUUCUUUGUGCGUUUGCUGAACCUGCGUGUUGGUGAUGCCGAGGGUAUGUUUGAGAGUGACGAAACGGAUCAGGCUCCCAAGGCCCAACUGGUGGAACCGCUGAUGGUCACGGUCACCAUCCUGGAUGACGACCAUGCGGGGAUCUUCACUUUUACGGACCACCAGGUGCGAGUGUGUGAGAGUGUGGGUACCAUGGAGGUGACAGUGGUCCGGAACUCUGGUGCCCGCGGGACCGUGAUCAUCCCGUACCACACAGAGCCCGGAACAGCCCAAGGGGGAGGGGUCGACUACGAGGACACGCACGGAGAGCUGGAGUUCACCAACGACCAGACAACUCAGACCCUUCAGGUGAGGAUCAUUGAUGAUGAAGAGUAUGAGAAACAUGAGAAUUUCUUCAUCGUUCUUGAGGAACCGCGUUGGCUGAAGAGAGGAAUCUCAGCCCUGCUGCUGAACCAAGAGGAUCCGGAGGGACAGAUGACUGUAGAGGAGGAGGAGGCCAGGAGGAUAGCGGAGAUGGGGAAACCUGUCCUGGGGGAGCACAGCCGGCUGGAGGUGGUGAUCGAGGAGUCCUAUGAAUUUAAGAGCACCGUUGAUAAACUGAUCAAGAAGACGAACCUGGCGCUGGUGAUCGGGACUCACUCCUGGCGAGAGCAGUUCGUGGAGGCUGUGACCGUCAGCGCAGGCGACGGGGAUGAAGAUGAAGAGGAGGGUCGAGAGGAGCGUCUCCCGUCCUGCUACGAUUACAUCAUGCACUUCGUGACGGUGUUCUGGAAGGUUCUGUUCGCGUUCGUUCCGCCCACGGAGUACUGGAACGGCUGGGCCUGCUUCGUGGUGUCCAUCACUGGAAUCGGCCUCCUCACGGCCGUCAUCGGAGACCUGGCGUCACACUUCGGCUGCACCGUGGGCCUCCGGGACACCGUCACCGCGGUGGUGUUCGUGGCCCUGGGCACUUCUAUCCCAGACACAUUCGCCAGUAAAGUGGCUGCUACUCAGGACCAGUACGCAGACGCCUCCAUCGGAAACGUCACGGGCAGCAACGCGGUCAACGUGUUUCUGGGCAUCGGCGUGGCCUGGUCCGUGGCAGCGGUGUACUGGGCCGUCCAGGGAAAGAGCUUUAACGUGGAUCCCGGCUCGCUGGCCUUCUCCGUCACCCUCUUCACUAUUUUUGCCUUCAUCUGCAUGGGGGUGCUGCUCUUCCGGCGCCGGCCGUCUAUCGGCGGAGAGCUGGGCGGCGCUCGUGUCCCGCGUUUGCUCACUACGCUCCUCUUUCUGGGUCUGUGGUUCCUCUACAUCCUCUUCUCCAGCCUUGAGGCCUACUGCCAUAUCGAGGGCUUCUGAAAGGAGAAACAGGGAGCGAACAACACACACUUAUAUCUACAAAUAAAUCGAAAGGGGUUUUGAGGCUCUAUAAGCCCACACACACACACACACUUACAAAACACAUCGUUGAAUGCACUAAUGCAAAUCAUUCAACUUAGACGAGACCUGGAGGAGAAUCUGAGAUGGAUGAUGUUGGAGAGAGAGUUUGUGAAAAAGGAAGCAAAGCGUGUUGCAAAAGUUGAGUAGAAGGUGGAAGCGACACUGUAAAAUAGUCAGACUUGUAUCUUUUCGUUUCUCGAGCUCGAAGGCAGAACUGACGACUUUUGUUGUCACGUAACAGGUCUUUUUAUGGUUUAGGG